CUCUCUCUCUUUCUCUCUCUCUCCUCCGUCUAUGGAUUGUGUUGUGCGCGCGCUUUGGGACUUUGUCAAACCCGAAUGCGUCAGGCCACGUUGAAAGGAAAGGAGGUUUUAUAAAAGCCCUGCGUAAAAAUAACAUUGGCCAAGAAGACGGCCCUGGUUGCCGGGCCCGUGACAUUUAAAACGCGGUGAAGUGCUCUUUUGUGCGCGGCUCUCGGGGCGCCGCGGAUCUGUUCGCCCUCCGCGGAGAGACGCGGGGUCUUUUUAGAAAGGCUUCCCACUCCAUGCGGCUCUCGCCUCGGCCGCUGUCAUCCAGUCUAGACAAUUUGUCGUGGCGUUCGAGUCUCUGGGGUAACCAUGACAACCACGAGGAACCCAGAGUGAAUCUGAGGGAGAGGGGGAGAGGAAGGAACGGAGCGCGUGAAUAGAAGUUAUUCUUUAUACCCAAUUCUGGUCCGCGCUGUUUUUAGUUUUUUUUCCACUUUUCGACUCAAUUCACUUCUUUUUGUUUUUUCCUGAAGUCGAGCUUGCAUCAGAAGGAACAGCGAGCCUCCGUGCGAUCCAAACCUGACGCGGUCUAUUAAAAGUGUCUCAGACUUGCUCCUGGCGACACCGGGACUAUUUAUGAAGCUCGUGGCUGCGGGUUCCUCCUUCAUCGUGAUCGCGAGGUCAGGGAGAGCGGAGUGAUCCGUGCGCGUUAACGAACCGCCGCCGUCCACCGGGAGGAACUAUGGGCUUCUCUCAGUCGCUCCUCGUGUACGUGCUGGUGUCGCUGCACCUCGCCGUGUCCCAGCACUACCUCCGUCUCCGUCCCUCGCCCAGCGAGCACCUCCCCGUGCCUGGCCUCAAGGAGGACCCCGACCCGGAGUACGACCCCCGCGAGCAGGAUUUGGCCGAGAGGACUCUGCGGAAAAAGCUCGGCAGCAACUUUGACCCCAACUUCAUGUCCAUCGGCUCUCCGAUGCUGCAGGUCAACCUGUCCGUGCAAGACACGCAGGUGAGGCUGCAAGGGCCCAUGCCCAACGACAUCAAGAAGCUGGACCUGGGCGAGACCCCCUACGGGAAGCGGGUGAAGGUGGGCAAGAAAGCCCGCAGGAAAUUCCUGCAGUGGCUGUGGACAUACACGCACUGCCCGGUGCUGUACAGCUGGAAGGACCUGGGCGUGCGCUUCUGGCCGCGCUACAUCAAGGAGGGCAACUGCUUCAGCGAGCGCUCGUGCUCCUUCCCCGAGGGCAUGUUCUGCAAGCCCGUGAAGUCCAUCACCAAGACUUUCCUGCGGUGGUACUGCCAGGGCUUCUUAAGACAGAAGUACUGCACGUGGAUCCCCGUGCAGUACCCCAUCAUCUCAGAGUGCAAGUGUUCCUGUUGAUCCCUCUGCUCUCGGAGCUGAUGUAUAAUAUAUAUAUUAUAUAUAUUAUUAUAGUGGGGUCGCGUCGCGGACUGGAGAUUAUUCACUUUCUAUUGCACUGUUACCCUCUCUCCAGAAAUGGGGCACCAUAGCGAAACUAUUUUUUUAUAUAGCAUUUUAAUUGAAAUACCAACAUUUGUACAUAUUUAAGAAAAUGCAGCUAUUUUUUCUAAAUGAAACCAGGACCAUAUUAUUAUUUUCAGCCCCCGAAAAGCGUUGUUCUUGUCCCCUUCUCUUGGGGGACGGGGGGCUUUCUGAACAAAACAAAAACAUGUGAGGACGGAAUGCGAACACUUCUACAGGGGGUGGACCUGUUGUUGAUGUGUUUGUUUGUUGUUGAUUUUUUGUUGUUGUUUUUUGCAACAGAACUUGGAUGCUGACUGUUACGUUAAUGCAAUGCUGUUUGUAUGACAUUAAUCAAUAAUAAUUACAUUGAGAAGGAAAGUUGAGGAUAAAGAUAUGUAUAUAUAUAUUCAUAUAUAUAAUGGCGUGAACUCAGCUUUUUUUGGAAUAGUAUUGUAGAAAUAAACAAAUGUGUAUGUUUUAUUUAUUAUUUUAACGAUUGUGAGUAUAGAACAUAUGGAACGAGAAUAGCAGAGUUAUACCUGAAACAAAAAAAUAUGGGAAGAUGUCUACUUGAAUAUUUCUAAAAAUAAAAAUAAAUAAAAAGUCGAAUCUACCCAGUGGUGAUGUUGUGGUGACACUGUUUUUCUCUUUUUGGUUUUAGCAAUAAAGUGUAUA